GGUGGGGAGGGGGGUAGGAGGGACGCCGGAAUAGUUCCUUUCUCCCGCCAUUUUUCGAUUGCACAAGAAUUUUUCUGGGCUCCGCAGAGCCUGCCCUACAAUCCAGGCCCAGCAGACCAAGCCGAAGGCUAAUUAGUGUCUCUGGUGCCGGGAAGGGGGCGGGGCAAUUAGUGUGCACGAGUCUCCUGGGGAGAAGGUGAUUAACAUGCUUUCUCACAAGAAGUCGGCCGAAGUUCACUGCGAUCAAUGGGUGCUCGUUGCACCAGAAUCUGUUACUGAUCUUCCAGGAAAGACUGAAGUUGGACCUGUGUUUACAAGACUGCAUAACCCAUGUACAGGGGAAGCAGCCCUUUACUUGUUCAAUACCAAUGCGCAACAGCUGUUUGAAGUAAAAGCUUUCCAUGAGGAGUACCAUUCUUGGUUUAUAGGUCAGACAGUGCAACACGAUGGUCGCCUUUUACUUGUAACACCAAUGGACCCUUUGUUUAUGGUUCUGUACUACCUUAUAAAGGCUGAGAAAGAGCAGGGGAAGUUUCAGCCACUGGAUCAGAUUGUGAUAGACCCAGAGUUUCCUAGCUGUUCCAUGCUCUUGCAAUGUGCCAAACUCGGACUGUUUCUUCACCAUGUGACAGAGGAAAAAGAAAUUGGCAAUAAGAAGUUUUAUAAAUACAGCAAAGAGAAAACAUUGAAGUGGCUGAAUAAAAAGGUGGAUCAGACUGUGAGAGCUUUAAAAACCAACAAUAUAAAUGUAGGUGCUCGGGUACUAUCUGCAGCAUUUAUCCCAGGUGACCGUGGCUCCAUUGUCAAAGAAGAGGAUUACAUCCGUUAUGCUUAUGGCCUAAUAGCCGAAUAUAUACCUAAGGAAUUAAGUGAAGACUUAGCUAAAUACUUAAAGCUUCCAGAACUUUCUGCUCCAUUGCCUGAGCCUCCAUUAAAGAUGGCAGCACCAAGACGACAGAGGAAUAAGGCAAGGACUCACUAGGAAGCCUGGCUACAUCCUUUGCUACUUCAGCCACAGUCUUCUAUAAAAUCAACCUAUCGAGGGUGGGAAGAGGGAGGCGAGAUGGGCAGGACAUUUUAAAACUAACAAACUUAUCAGAGACUGCAUUGUGGAAUGGGAUUGCAUACUGUACUCAGCACUUUUAGUCUAUUCUGGAAGCUUCUUUAGGAAUGAGGCAAUCCCACCAUGUGACUGUUUCCCUAAAAUACAUAGGCUCUGCUGACCUGAUUCUCCCAUAAAGCUUGAAAGCAUGUCGGGAGUGUCAGCUGCCUGUUACCCCAUUCAUGGGAAAACACAGCUCCUUAAGGGCAUUUGUUGACUAGAAUAAAAUGGGAAAGUAGGGAAGUGGGAUUUCCAGACCUUUUUUUAGUCUUUUCAAAAGAAAAAAAAAUCCACACUGCAUAGCUCAUUACCUCAAAGUUCAAAAUGUCAGCCUUGGAAAAAAGCUCAUUGUAAAAUUUCAGUUGUUUAAAUACCCCCCUACAAUGGCCCAUUUUGCAUUGUUUUCCCUGGGGUUAUGUCAACCUCUCCAUGAUAUAUGCCUGGUUCCAGGUAUGUACAAUGCAUCUCUAAGCACUCCGUUCCAGGGUAAAAGCUGUGGUGAACUAAGUUUCAACUCACAGUUAAAAAAAAAAAAACAUCUCCAACAUCCCCCCAAACCAGAAAAAUCAACCAAAAAAAAUUUGACCCUUCUCUGCCCCAUAUCAAUUUGGCUGUUUCAAAUUUAUAAAGAUACCCAAACAUGUGCAUUUUAUAGUCUCUAAGAGCUAUAAACAUGGCUUCAUUUUUAAGAGAUUUGUCCGGUAUGUGUAUUUUCGUUGAAGAGAAAGGAGGUGGGGAGCAGUGGGCGGAGAUGGAGCCAAGGAAUAAUUGGCUUGGAAUUUCAGUGUAUUGAGAAUACAUCUGAGGGGGAAUGGGUAUUCAUGUACAAAUGUCAUGAUGUUUUGGUUAGCAGCCACUUGACAUGUAACAAGAGCAGGAUGACUCUUGAAGGAACUGGGAAAUGAAUGGCUGGACAUACAAGUUGGGGCUUGGGGGUAGGUUGGGGAGGAGGAUAUAAGAGAGAUGAUUAGUCUGAGGAACAGAAGACUCAACAGGAACAUGACCAGUAUCUCUGGAUACUUAAAGAUCUCUCUUGUGGAAGAGAGAUUAGACUUCUCUUUGGCCCUCACAGAAGGCAGACCCCCCAGGGGAAAAUGGGUUGAAGCUGCAAAAAGUCAAUUGAGGCACAAUAUCAGGAAAAAUAUAUGUAUAUUGAAUUAGAUUGCUAUUAUGGUUGCUUCCAACUCACAGAUUGAUUGCCUUUUACAGCAAUGCUUAUGGAAGCAGUCUCGGUGUGUUGGUGAGGUAUCCCUUUUAAGAAAAUGUUUUACUUUUUAAAAUGCCCUAGACAUAUAUAUAUAUAUACAUAUAUAUAUAUAUAUAAAUAUAUACACUCUGUAAUUUAAGUGGAACUUGACUCUGGGAUAUCAUAUGGAUUUCCACUAAUUAUGUAUUCCUCUUCACAAAUUCCUCUUAUACUUUUUUCUUUACCCCCUUCACCAAUUUAACAACUAAAUAGAAAGUGGACAGAGAAGAAUGCUCUUAAUACUUGUGAUCUAUGAAUGAUGGGAUAUGUUUCUUCUCCAUUAACUCUCUCUUUUUAGUUUUAUUGAUAUUUUCUUCUUAUUUUAAAAAUAUUUACAGGUUAUUUCCAUUUUGUGAGAAGUCUCUUGUAACAAAGUAAAACUGUUAAAUAAAACUAAUGAUACAGUGACUCCAUC